CCGGUAAUUCUGACUUUGCCCCACAUGUUGGGAGCAUCAAAUGAAUAUACGAAAACUAUAAGAGGAUUAAAUCCGGAUGCCAAAAAACAUCAGACAUUUGUAGAUGUACAACAUCUUACUGGCGUGCCACUUCAGGGUGGCAAACGUGUUCAGUUUAAUAUGUUUCUGAAGAGUAUUAAUCGCAUAACGAUUACGGAAAAUCUAACAACAGUUCUAAUGCCCGCCAUUUGGGUGGAGGAGCCUUAA